CGUGCGGAACCCUGCGGGACCACUGCCGUGCCAGCAACCUGAGACCUUGCUGGAGGAGCAGGUCCGAGGUUCAAGCUGCAGCAAAGCCCUUGUGUGCCCUCCUCUGAUGUCCUGGGGAAGCCAUACCCCGUCGUGGGAGGCCAUGGGCUCCUCCCACUCUGCAGUCCCAUGCACGACAAAGCUGGCUCUGUGGUGGCUCCUUCUGAUCCCAGCAGCGACGGCGCAGCAGGACCCCCACACCCAAGCCGAGGACCGCCUCUUCAAGCACCUCUUCAGGGGCUACAACCGCUGGGCACGGCCGGUGCCCAACACGUUGGACGUGGUGAUCGUGCGCUUCGGGCUGUCCAUCGCACAGCUCAUUGAUGUGGACGAGAAGAACCAAAUGAUGACCACCAACGUCUGGCUGAAGCAGGAGUGGAGCGACUACAAACUGCAUUGGAACCCAGCCGACUUUGGCAACAUCACUUCCCUGCGGGUCCCUUCGGAGAUGAUCUGGAUCCCCGACAUCGUCCUCUACAACAAUGCCGACGGGGACUUUGCGGUGACCCACAUGACCAAGGCCCACCUCUUCUCCACGGGCACCGUGCACUGGGUGCCCCCCGCCAUCUACAAGAGCUCCUGCAGCAUCGACGUCACCUUCUUCCCCUUCGACCAGCAGAGCUGCAAGAUGAAGUUUGGCUCCUGGACGUAUGACAAGGCCAAGAUCGACCUGGAGCCGAUGGAGCAGACGGUGGACCUGAACGACUACUGGGAGAGCGGCGAGUGGGCCAUCAUCAGCGCCACGGGCACCUACAACACCAAGAAGUACGACUGCUGCGCCGAGAUCUACCCCGACGUCACCUACGCCUUCGUCAUCCGGCGCCUGCCGCUCUUCUACACCGUCAACCUCAUCAUCCCCUGCCUGCUCAUCUCCUGCCUCACCGUGCUCGUCUUCUACCUGCCCUCCGACUGCGGCGAGAAGAUCACACUGUGCAUCUCCGUGCUGCUCUCGCUCACCGUCUUCCUGCUGCUCAUCACCGAGAUCAUCCCGUCCACCUCGCUGGUCAUCCCGCUCAUCGGCGAGUACCUGCUCUUCACCAUGAUCUUCGUCACCCUCUCCAUCGUCGUCACGGUCUUUGUCCUCAAUGUCCACCACCGCUCCCCCAGCACCCACAACAUGCCCCGCUGGGUGCGGGCGGCCUUUCUGGGCCGUGUGCCCCGGUGGCUUCUGAUGAGCCGGCCCCCGCCACCCUUGGCGCUCCACAACCCCCCAGAUCUGAGGCUCAGCUCCUCCUGUCACUGGCUGGAGACCAACGUGGAUGCGGAAGAGAGGGCGGAGGAAGAGGAGGAGGAGGACAGAUGGGUGUGUGCAGGCCAGUCAUCCCCUGCCGCGGGCGUCCUCUGCAGCCGUGCUGGGCUGCCCCGAGGGGCCUCCGGCGCCCAAGCGGAGGCCCAGCUGCAGGAGGGUGGGCUCCUGCUGUCACCUCGCGUGCAGAAGGCCCUGGAGGGCGUGCACUAUAUUGCUGAUCACCUGCGGGCUGAGGAUGCUGACUCUUCGGUGAAGGAAGACUGGAAGUACGUGGCCAUGGUCAUCGAUAGGAUAUUCCUCUGGUUGUUCAUCAUCGUCUGCUUCCUGGGGACCACUGGACUCUUUCUUCCUCCAUUCCUGGCUGGAAUGAUCUGAUUUCAUGUCCCUUGCUUUGGCCAAAAGGUGGCACCGCUGACCACCGUUACCUGCUGCCGCCUGUAGAGUAGGCCUCUGGGUGGGCACCAUCCGACUGCAGGUGCUUCUCCGUGGGCUCCCGCACUGGCCCAGCAGCCGAAGACUUCCUGGAAUAAUUCGCUUGCCAGUGUCGGGCUACUUGCUGAGAAGCUGCUGGGCGCACAGCCCCCUUUUGGAUGUGAGGAGCUGGGAAAAGAAGGCGAUUGCUCUGCAAGAGGUUGUGGUACCGUGGUAACGAGGGCGGUUGUGAAGUUCUCCUGCAGAAGUGAAGUAGAGGGACAGGAGGGGCCAAGCUGGGGACCCGGGGAGGAGGCGGUGGGGCCCGGUGAAGAGGCACAGACCUCAGAGGAAGGGUGCAUGGGGAGGAGGACGGAGGGUGCUCAGGGGGCAGCAGGGCUGGGAGCAACAUUUUGGA